AUGAAUUCAACCGCGUGCAAGUAUUACACGGAAAGAACUCUGGGUUGGAUGUUGAACAACAAAACGAUAGUGUUUCUUUCAUUACUGUCAUUCUGUUUGUUUGUUUCGACGUUAGCGUUGGCCGGGCAGAGGAAUCGGCUCACGGCCGAGGUGGACGAUCUCAGGCACCGUUUGACCACGUCUUCUGUUCUGGAAACUACAACACCAAUCAACGUAGACACAACAACUACUACAGAAGAUUCAACUACAUUCAAGACUGAGCCUCCCGUCUCAGAGCGCAACAACCCAGUGGAAGAGAACAAGGAAAACGGAGUAGGGAAAGACGAUGAAAAUCUUUUUCCUCUCGUUGUCAAGGAUAAGUCACUGCUCCAGUUAAUGGGCUAUGCAGCUUAG